GUAAAUUUUCUUUUACUUUAUCCUCGUUUUUUUCUUUGUUGCGACGACGCUGGGUAAAUCAUCUGGACACUGGGUCUCACUAUCGCCAAAUAUAUUUGGAGAUCGGCUUCGGCUACGGCUUGGCAGACAUUUUUUUCUUUCUACAAUUUUAAAUUAAAUUUAUUAGAAUAAAUGCUUCGAACACACGCGAUCUAAGUACCUUUUGUGUUUAUUAUACCUUACCUACCUAGGUAUAAAAAGAGUACUUACGUAGAUUUUCUUUUAUUAACUGUUUUAUACGAAGAUCUUGAUCUCUCAAAUUAGCAUCCAUUUUACUUCCAGUGAUUAUCAACUAAAUUAAUAAUCCACAAAGUAUUAAAUAACGUUUUUAUGAAAUAUUUAGCACAAAAACAAUACCCUUUAAAUAUCGAUCGUCAGUAACUGUGGCUGACUUACCUAUAUUCUAGCAAGCAGGACUGCCAGAUGUGAAGGGGAAAUCCCCAAUAAAUUGUUGCAUGUGACUGAUGAUGUGAGCAUGUUCGUUUCAUAAUAAAAAUGUUGCCAGGUAACCAAAAAGUCGUAUGUUUUUGUGCGAAUUACGAUCAUAAUCUUUACGAUCGUACAUUAAAAAAUAGACAAAUAAUAGUAUGAGUACGAUUUAAAUCGUAUAUCUGUCAACCCUGCUAGCAAGACAGCGACAAAAUCACGUUGCAUAACAAUGUAGCCCAAGCUUAUAUCUUAUGAAAUAUACGGAAGAGAUACGGACUUAGAAAAAACAGAAAUGUUGUUCUUUGUGGAAGUCAUUGAUGAAAUUCUAUGUAUUUUAGCCCGCAAACUUUCUUCAAACAAAAACAGCGCCAUCUAGUAUCGAGUUCUGUAAUUAUCUCUUUGUUUAUGGAUUUGAAGUAAGACCGCCACGCAUGCAAUACAUUAUGACUGGGGAUUCCCCUAUUCGUCGACGCUGAAUAUGUGGCGACGACAAUCACUGUCAAACGUGUUCACUAUUACUCUGACUCUGGUAACGUGACUUCCUGGUAACGUGUUAGGUAGGAAAAGCAGUAAAAAAGUGCAUAUUAAGGGAGCAGAUUUGAAAUAAUAUUUAUACUUAACAAGAAAUAAUUAAAGGUUCAAUGGGGAGACCUAAAGAUUUACGCAUAUGGGAGCACUACCGUACUUUACCAAACAAGUCUGUUUCUUGCAAGCUUUGUAAUAAGGUCUACAAAUUCAGUAAUGCUGCCAAAAUGCUUCAACAUCUUAUCACUUGUCCAAAAUCUCCAGAAACAUUAAAAGACUCUAUGAAACUUAUAAAAGAUAGCUCGUCCAAAACCAAAAUGUCUGGACUGUCAGAGAUAGAGACAAAUGAUUCUUUUAUAAGCCCCUCGUCGUCUGCUAACACUACAAUAAAUGCUGAGUUUCAAGACACCGAUGAUCAUAUAAAAACAGAAUUAGCGAGAGCUAUAUUUGUAACAGGGACGCCAUUAUCGAUGGUGCAACAUCCUUUAUGGAUACAAUUUUUCGAAAAAUUGCAACCAAAAUUUAAAAUACCUUCACGUAAAGCUUUAGCGACAAAAUACUUAGAUAAAAUAUAUAGAGAAAUGCGUUUUGAGUUAAAUGAGGAACUAAAUGCUUGUAGUUACUUACACCUUCAGUGCGAUGGCUGGUCUAAUUUAAGAAAUGAAGGAAUAAUAAACUUUCUUAUAUCAAAACCUCAACCUGCAUACGUUAAAAGUUUGAAUACAGAAAGUAAUCCUCACACUAGUGAAUACCUUAGCCAAGAAGUUGAAAAAGUAAUGAAAGUGUAUGGAGCAAAUAAGUUUCUUGUACUUAUUGGCGAUAACGCUAGAAAUAUACAAAAGGCAUUCGAAUUAACAAAACUCAAAUAUCCACAUGUUGUUCCUCUCGGUUGCUGUGCACAUAUCCUUAACUUGUUGUGCCAAGAUAUUGUAAAGAUACAAGAAGUAACUGUGUUUAUUAUGCAAGCCAUAAAUAUAAUAAAAACUGUUAAAAGGAGUCAACGAUUAAGUUCCUUGUUGAUAAAAUCAAGGCAGGGUGAAGAUUCUACACAAACACUAAAAUUGCCUUGUGCUACAAGAUGGGGAAGUCAUGUUACUUCGUUAAAAAGUUUGAAAGCAAAUAAGAUAGCUUUGCAAAUAUUAACAGUUAGAGAAGAUGUGGUAAUUUCAAGAGAUAUUAAAGAUUUAAUUCUAAGUGAUGAUUUCUGGACGAAGACAGGGGAAUGUAUAAGUAUUUUGGAACCAGUCACUGAAAGCAUAUUUUACUUAGAGAGCGACCAGAAUCGUUUGCAUCGCACAUACAUUACAUUUAGAGAUGUACAAGCUAAGAUACGUUUUGCAUUAAAUGAGAUUUCGACAUUGAGCGAAGAAAGCAAACAGCAGAUUCUAACAUCAGUAUCUUCAAGAUGCAAUAUGGCAAUGAGGCCAAUACAUUUUGCAGCAUAUAUUCUAGACCCCAGGACUCUAGGAGUCGAACUUACUCAAGAGGAAGAACUUAAGGGUAUGGAGUUUAUCUACAAUUUAAGCCAACACUUAAGUUUGUCAAAUGUAAUGGCAGAUUUGGCGUGUUAUAAAGCUAAAGAAAACUUUUGGGCCAGAGGAUUUGUAUGGAGCUCAUUAGAUAGCAUUGAGCCCCUAAUAUGGUGGAAAGGUAUUUGUGGUUCCACUGAGUUAAGCAAAGUAGCGAUUCGUAUUCUAUCAGCUCCCUGUACUUCGGCAGCCACUGAGCGUUCCUUUAGUAUCCAAGGCUACAUACAUAAUAACAAAAGAAAUCGACUUACAACUGAAAGAACUGAAAAAAUUUCAUUCAUUUGUUAUAACUGGAAUCUUAAACAUAAAGCUGAAUGCGAGGACAUUCAGUUUAAUGAAGAAAAUACCUUAGAAGCUUUCAUUGAGCAAGUAAAUGAACAUAACAGUUUAGACGAAAUAGAGCCUAUCGAACCUAUACAAUUCAUCGCUUGUAAUAACUCUGAAUCUGACAGUGAUUGACUGUAGUUUUACAUUUUACUUUCAUCUCUUUCUUAAUAAACUCAAAAUCAAAUUAAAAGUUUUUUAUUCUGUAGGCUGCAUAAUAAUAUUGUCUAUGUCCAGUAUAGUGGACGUCUUGCGGCUGAGAUGACGAUGAUGAAGUACAAAAUCAUAAACACCCAAAAAUUUGGGUGUUUAUGGGGUUUAAACCCAAUAAACCCAAAACACCCGGUUUUUACCCACCAGACUUUAAACCCACCCAGGUGGAUUGCCCAUCU